AUGGAAGAAUUAAAAUAAAAAUUAAAUUUAAUUUUUCAUUUUUAUUCCUCAUUUGGAGAUCGUCAAAAUAUCACAUAUUUAAAAUCCGCCAAAUUUUCCAAAUUAAUGUAAGAUUCUUAAAUAAUUUCCUCAUAAAUAAACUCCAAAACAAUCGAUAUAAUAUAUUCCCAAAAUACCCAAAAUAAGUAAAAUAUGACAUUUUAGAAAUUUAUAGAUACCUUACCUAUUAUUUCUUAAUUAAAAUAUCCAACAGAAACAGCAGAAAAUGCAUUUAAAAAAUUAAUAAAUACCCAUUUAAAUCCUAUAUAUGAAUUUAUAACUACCAAAACUGAUUUAGGAUUGGAAUUAUAAAAAUUUCAAUAACCAAUAUUUGAAUAAUAUUUCACCCUAAAUUACUAAGAGUAGUGCUUUUUUACUUUUUAAUUACUUAAUUUAAAAAAACACGGUAAAAAAGAUAUAGGAACUGUUUUUACAUUUAAUUGUUUUUUAAAUUUCCUUAUUUUUUCAGCUUAAAUUGUAUAUUAAUAGGAUACUAUAAUGGAAAUUAGUGUAUAGAAAAAAGUGGAGCUUUUAUUAGAAAAAAUGCAAUUUUCGGAAGGAUUUUAAAAUAUUUAAAAAAAAACUAAUAAAACAAAUAAUUCUAAAACUAUAUUAACUAGUAGUUUUAAAUAAAAAAUGAAUGAAAACAUUGAAUUUUAGAGUACUUAUUCAAAUUGUUCUUCAUCUUAUGUUAAAUAAAAUAUAUAUACAUCUUUUAAAACUAAAGAUUCUUUUUUUUAAAUAGAAGCUUUUCUUCCUUAAGAAUAAAAAGAGAAUUUACAUUAAAUAUUUUUGAGUUAUUGUUCUUAAGGAGAACCUAUGAAUAUUUCUACUUUAAAAAUUUUCAAAUUAAUAAGAUUUUUAACUGACAUGAAUAUAAUAAAUGAAAAUAAAAUAAAUAAAAAUUUUAUUGAAAUAUAAGUGGCAAAACUUACUGGUCCAAAUUGUAUAAAAUAAAUAAAAAAAACUCAAAGUAAUUCCAUUAUUUGUAGUUAAAGUCCUAUUCUAGCAUAAAAAAGUUACUUGGAGAAUAAUAUGGAAACAUAAGGGACUAAAGGAAAAAUAGAAUUCGAACAUUUUCUUAAAUUAUUAUAAAUUAUAUCAGAAAAUAUGUACCCCAAUGAAAGUCCUGAAUAAGCUUUGAGGAUUUUAAUAGAAGAGAAUAUUUUUAAAUAUGUAAAUAAUAAUAAAAAUAAUGAUAAUAUUAAAUAGAAUAAAAAAAAUGUUAAUUAUUAUUUAUAAAUUUUAAUGGAUGUUUUAAAAGAUUAAGAUAUAGUAACGUUAUUAGGAGAAAUACAUAUAAAUGUAGUUGUUCGUAGUUUAGUAUUUUGA